AUGUUCUACUGCAUGGAUGAGGUCGAUAAUGCGUACGUGAGGGCUCUCUUUCCCACCUACCUCUUGGAACAGCCCAUUGGGAAUGAACUAUGGAGGAUAUACUACAAGAAUCGGAAGCUGUUCCGCAAGUUGAAAAGUAAAGGCGAGGCUUUGCCGACUUUGAAAGAAACUCGGCUUCGACCAUUGAGGUCGGAGCUCAGCUAUGAGACCAGGAAAGAAAUAUGGGAGAAGUUGAUGACUCUUGGAGUUUUAGGGACCAUUCCUUACGAUGCAGUUAGCGACGAAUACCUGGUGCAAGUAUAUCAGUACUUCUAUCCAGAAGUUGAUGGAGAUCCUCAGUUUGGUGCGAGACAUGCCAGCGGAACAGAUGAAAUGCAAGUUGACAGCGAUAUCAACGAUCUUACGAAGCCAGUUGUUCCUAUUCCACCACAGAGUAGAAGCCUAGGAAACGAUAAUGAGGAUGACGACGACGACGACGACGACGACAAUAUUGAAGAUGAAGAUGAUGGUGAAGGUGCUGAGGAACGUGAUGAUGAUGAAGAUGAUGAUGAUGAUGAUGAUGUUGAUGACGAUGAUAAUCGCGAUGACGACGACGCAGAUGUGGACGACGUCGCAGAUGACACUGCUGGCGAAGAACACCAAGCUGGGGCUCUCGAUGAUGAUCCUAGUGAGAAUUUGGAUACUGGCAACCCUGAAAAUCAGGUCGACGUCCCAAGCAACAACGCUGCUGAUCCUACAGACCCCGUGACUUCGGCGGUUUCUCCCACCGAAUACAAUUCACUUGAUUCUAAGGCAACGUCGCUCCCUACUGAACCCUCAAAUCAAGUUAAUUUCAAAAAGAACACGAUUUCACAAGAUAUUUACAGGCAUUUGGGUUACCCUUUGCCGCACGCAUGGGAACCUCAGUCAAACAAUAGUAUUCUUCUAUCGUCAGAUGGAUGCACUCAAUUAAAGCCGAAUCCGGAAUAUCAAGCUCUAUCUACACAUGACAGAAGAUCUAGUUCAGUUGUAAGACCUGGCUUCUCUGAAAACCUCUCCAACUACAACACAAGACAGGAAUAUGUUACCACAAUAGCGAACAAUACUCUUCUUUCUAAGAACCUUGCCAUUUUUUAUUACGAGAUAAGAGUUUUGUCUACACUUUCUUUCAGUGCGCCUCCGUCGUCGAGAAUUAAAGUCGGGUUUAGAGACCUCGCAAAGCUACAGGUAAGCUCAGCGUCGUCUUCUCGAACAGAUUUGCAAGGCACCGACGCAAAUUCUAUCAAUCGGCAGUCUGCCAGCAUUAUGAGAGCGACUUUAGACUCAACAUCCUCCGGGAGCUCUAGCGCUCGCGGAGAUGCUUCUAGUAAGGGUUGCUUUGUUUAUGGGGGCCAAGACGGAAAUAUAACCGACGGCGUACUCUCUAAGACCUACUCUAAUAGUUUUGGGCAAAAAGAUGUGAUCGGCUGCGGGAUAAAUUAUGUCGAUGGAACGAUUUUCUUCACGAAAAAUGGUGUUCAUUUGGGUGUGGCUUUUACAGAUAUCCAUGAUAUUGAUGUAGUUCCAUACAUCAGCUUAACUGCAGGAACUGUGAUAAGAACAAAUUUUGGUCUGCAUGAAGAAUUUCUCUAUGAUAUCUUGGGAUAUCAACGUAUGCUUAAAGCUAAAGCAUACCGGCACAUAUACAAGAGCAUUGACGGCCACGAUGGACGCAACGACUUUGGUAACGAUUUCUAUGAAGACGCAAAAGAUGACAUUGACAUUGAAGUAGAUUUUCGGCCUGGUGCGGAUGAUGAGGUCCCACAACAUAAGGACGGAUUCUUACUUCAAAACGAUGACAGAAUCAGUGGUGACCAAAUGUAUCGGCCCGAGGUGGAAAAGCUGAACAACUUGAAUACGGAUGACGAUUCGAUUCCUUGCACCAUGAACGCAAUGAUAAAUGACUUUCUCAUCCAUGAAGGUCUAAUUGAUGUCGCCAAGGGAUUUCUGGUCGACCUCCGCAAAGAUUCCAUCCCCGACAACGACGAGGAGCGAGCGAAAAUGGUCAUUCGGCAUAACGAGAGGCAAAUUAUAAAGGAGGAGACGAAUCUGAAGGUACGGCAAGAUAUCAGAAGGCUCAUAAGUGAAGGCAGUAUAACAGAAAGCAUCGCGUUCAUUCAAACCAAUUAUCCAGGUUUGCUCCAAGACAACAUAGAUGUACUCUUUGAGUUAAAGGUGGCAGCUUAUUUACUCACUUUCGUUAAUUUCAAAAAGCAUACGAUUGACGAGAUUCUUCACAAAGGCCAAGAGCUCACUGCGGAGUUCGUAUACAAUUCUAAUGUCCCCGUUGAGUACAAAGAGGGAUUCCAGAAUCACUUGAAUGACAUAUCCUCAUUGCUCGCAUAUGAUAACCCUCUUGAAGAGUGUAACGAAGAUUUGGCGGUGUUCUUGACACCUGCAUAUUUACAAAAUCGCCUGUUUCAGCUCAUCAAUUCGCGAAUUCUAAUGUUUCUCAAAAAGAAGAGCGAAAGCUCGCUAGAAAACAUGUUAAGCUAUACAAGAGCAAUGAUCAAUGCUUUGAUGGAGUAUGGAGAGGGAAGUUCACUUGUUCGCAACGAUUCCGAGUUGCGUGUCCACAAAUUGGUGAACGUCGAUGAGGAUCUUCUAAACUAG